AGGAAUAAAUAGACAACGUUUAGGCCGAGCCCUUCAGCAUGCCUAGACUGUGGACUCCUCUGCUUAGUUGCUGCCUGAACUGCACAGUUCCUCCAGCAUUGUGGGUUUGUGUGUGUGUGUCUGUAUUUCUAGCAACUGCAGAAUCGUUUGUGUUUUAUAUCUUCAUUUGUAAGAGGGUUGUACUUCGGUAUUAGAUAAACAGAAUGCCUGUUGAUAUUGUUUUUGGGAGCCGCUUUCUACGUUAAAAGAGCUGCUGAGUUUUCUACACAGAAAAAACCCUGAGGUGUGGACAUAAAACCGGUGCUUGCAGGAACUUUUUAUGGCACCGUGAUUACCCAUAAAACAGUGCGUUUAAAAUUUCUCUGCCUCUGAACCACCAAUCAAAUGCGCAGGCGUCAAGGUUGUUGACGUAUUCAGAUCGCAUGCGCGCUGUACACAAAAGGACUCAGCAGGAGCGUUCAAGGUUAAAAACGAGAAGGAAUUUGUCUCCACGAAUCUCAGAUACGGCACGGCAAUUUUGCUGUCUCUGUCCCGAUAUUUAAGAAGUGGAGCAAGGGAUUCAAUCGACCAUCCUUCCUGCUCAGACUGUGGGAAUGGUUUCACUCGGUUAUCUCAGUUGAAGGUACAUCAGCAAGUUCCCACUGGGCAAGGCCAUUCAUCUGUUCUGUGUGUGAGAAAGGGUUCUAUUUGGCAUCCCACCUGCGGACAGACCAGUCCGAUCACACUGGGCCGAGGCUGGUCAUCUGCUGAAUUUCAGGGAAGGGAUUCUCUCGGUCAUCUGACCAAAUGGCACACCAGCAAGUUCAUACCGGGAAGCGGCCAUUCACCUGCUCAGACUGUGGGAAGGGAUUCACACAGUCAUCCACACUACAGAUUCAUCAGCGAGUUCACACUGGGGAGAAGCCAUUCACCUGCUCAGAAUGUGGGAAGGGAUUCAGUCAAUCAUCCAACCUACAGAGUCACCGGCGAGUUCACACAGGGGAGAAGCCAUUCACCUGCUCAGACUGUGGGAAGGGAUUCACACUGUCGUCCCACCUACAGAGACACCAUCGAGUUCACACUGGGGAGAAGCCGUUCACUUGCUCGGUCUGUGGGAAGAGAUUCAGUGAGUCAUCUGACCUACUGGUACAUCAGCGAGUUCACACUGGGGAGAGGCCAUUCACCUGCUCAGUCUGUGGGAAGGGAUUCACUCAGUCAUCCAACCUACUGAUACAUCAGCGAGUUCACUCUGGGGAGAGGCUGUUCACCUGCUCAGUCUGUGGGAAAGGAUUCACACUGUCAUCCCACCUACAGAGACAU